GCCGUAAUGUGUGUGCGACUGUCAGCAGACUAGGAAUUAAUGAUGCUGUGUCUGUGGUUAUUUAAGCCAAAAAAUGUUUCCUGGUAAAUUCCCACUAUAUUCCUUUCCUCGUGAUUGCAUCAUAUGAUCCUCAUCUCCGUUUUGUGUCUUCAGUCUUACCUGAACACAUUCGCUUUUGGUAACACUGUGUAUACAGACCUGUGGGAUCAUCUCCAACAGGCAGUUGAAAACACACCAGGAAUACAUAUUCCACACUCUGUGGAAAAUAUCAUGAACCGCUGGACGCUCCAGAUGGGCUACCCAGUCGUCACUGUUGACACCCGGACAGGAAGUGUCACACAGAAACACUUCCUGUUGGAUCCAGACUCUACAGUGGACAGACCCUCUCAGUUCAAUUACACCUGGUAUGUCCCUAUCAAAUGGAUGAAGAGGGGUGUGCAGCAGCCACAAUACUGGCUCCUACAAAAAACAGACACUCAUAUUCCGAUGAGAGUGUCAGGACAGGACUGGGUACUCGCAAACACAAAUGUAUCUGGAUACUUCAGGGUGAACUACGAUCCUGAUAACUGGGACCGUCUCCUUUCCGUGCUCAACACCAACCACCAG